AUGGCGAUUGGUCGGCUCGUACGGGCAUCUCCACAGACCAGCCUUCACUAUCUGACAUCCCUGUCGCCGUUACUCCACAAAUUUCCUCUUAUAGAGAGUGAGAAGUGGGGUAGAGAAGUUCGUAAAGUCAAAUGUGACGAGCGCCGCCCCGCGUGCAAUCGAUGCACUUCCACUGGCCGCGCUUGUGACGGAUAUAAAGAAAUCGCCAACCAAACGAUUCAAACACCCCCAGUUGCGCAGCCUUUGAAAAUCCAGGUCGAUCCCCUUAAGAUUCGGUCAAUCGAAUUCUUCAUUGAGAAAUCUAGGACGCAAUUCGCGUCACUUUUCCAAGAUGAAUGGUUGAACGCACAAAUUUUGCAGCUUGCAUAUGCUGAAGCCUCUAUUAGACAUGCCCUUGUUGCAUUAUCUGUGUAUCACGAGCUGUUUACCAGGCAGGAGCUUCUACAGCGGAAUCAACAGUCAUUAACACAUUUACAUCCGAUGACAUGUUUUAUAUUCAUCUGCAUCGAGAUCCUACAAGGUAAUCACGAAGCCGCGAUCCGUCUCUUUAGACACGGCUGCAAAAUGCUUCGAGCAUUACAGCAACAGGGAGCGCGUCGAGCUUCUUCAUAUGAAUCUGAUAUUGGCACCUCUCUGCGGUAUUUGGAGACAUCAUUCAAUAGGCUCGCCAUUCAAGUAGAAUUGCUUAUCGGCGAUGUCAUCCCAGAACUUUCGAUGACUCUUCUGGGUAACGUGGGUAUUGAACCGUCAUCAACAAAAAGACCCAUCAAUUCGCUAUCCGACGCCCGGCACACUUUGACCAACCUAAUUAUUUACAGCAUGCAAUCGAUACUGGGAAAUUUCGAAAGAAGACAACAUGCCAGGGGCUGUAUAAGAAAUUGGCUCGACUCAUUCCAUGAGUUCAGCGACCGUCAGCGAGAUAUCACUCACAAUGGCGUUGGGGAACGUGGCCCUGCUUUACUUGAGUCGCAAGCCAAGUUCUUGCUCUUGAUUCUCGACACGGUCAGCGGCGAGUCAGUUGAAGAAGCGCUUCUUAUUAAGGACAUAUUUGUUGAAAAAUUUGAAGAAUUAGUCCAAAAAGCGCCGUUAGCAAUCGCGGAAAAAGCUACCAAGGAGAAUCCUCUCUUCCAUGUGGAGCUUGGUAUUGUCCCUCUCUUAUUCUCGGUUAUUGCUCAUUGUCGGCAUCCUGUUGUUCUAAGGCAAGCUCUGCACCUGCUCAAAACCCAACACGUUCAGGAAGGGGUCUGGAGCAGUGAUCUGACGAGUAGGGUUGCUGAACGACUUGUGGAACUGGAGGAAGCAGGCUAAGUAAUCCAACAGCCAGGUGACAUUCCCAUUUCGCAGCGUAUUACGUGCGUUGCCGUUCAUAUGGAAGCGGGUCAAAAACGAGCGAAUAUUAUAUAUACCGGCCAAGGGCGUGAAUGGAACGAGUUAAUUGAGUGAUGAAUGCUAUUAUAAUAAUGGAAUGUCAUAGGCCUAGGUUAGACAGCUACGUC